AUGUCACAUCUAAAUGUGAUAUACUUUCCCACCAUCUUCCAGAAAAAGUCGUCGGUGGUCGUGCUGCCGCCACUUUCCCACCACUUCUUCCCCCCACGAUUCAACGCAUCGCCUGCCUGGCUGGCCGAUCAAGCAGCACCACCUUCCAAGGAUUCCCACCCGAUCGCCGGCCGGCGCCACCAUGACGGCGACGUCGACGUCGAGGGCGCCGCGGCGGCCCCGCAUCCGCUCCCGCGCCCCUCCGCCAACGCCGAUCCGGACGGCCCGCGGCGCGCGCUCCGCCGCGGCCGACGAGCUCGUCCUCGCCGAGUUCCUCGAGGCCUCCCAGCGCGUCCCCGCCCUCACCCUCCCCUUGCCCAGGAAGAAGCGCUUCGACUUCCCGGCGAGGUGCGCGCCGCCGUGGAGGCCACGGAGGCGGUGUUCGGGGCGCCGGAGGGGGUGAAGCGGGAGCUGGGGAGGUUGUUCCAGAGGAGGGAUCGCGUGGUCGGGGAGGAGCUCUACUUGCCCUGGCCGGUGAGCUCGGAGGUGGAUCGGUCGCUGGAGGCGGCCCUUCCCGGCUCGACGUACCGAGCGUUCAGGGAGAAGAUGGACGUCGUCGCAUCUAAAAUGGAGGAUCUCGCAAGAUGUGUGGUCAGAGUUCUAUCAGACAACGUCAAGAACCCGAAAGACUCUGCUCCCCCUAGAGAAGCCCCAUCGGUUCUCUGUCUAACGCUGUAUAACUGCAACAAGUUGAAAACUCGUUGGGGGGAGUUUGGCGCCACCGACCGUCCAGACUCGUACGCCCUGAGCGUCCAACUCUCCGGACGCGACCAGGAAAUUUGCCUCCGGAACCAGGGCGGGUCGACCUUUUUCAAUUUGCCGGCUGGCUCUGUGCUCGUUACAGUCGGCAAGCAGAUUCAGGAAUGGUCCAGUGGGGAGUUCAAGAGCGCUGUUGGCGAGAUACUGUUCGAGCUGACCGACGAACCAAACCCGUUCAUGUCUCUGGAACUCUUGUACUCUCCAGGAGACCUGCGUCUCGGCGAGUUUGGGUGGCACGCUAGCUGCAUUGACCGUCCUCCCAAGACUGUUCCUUUGAGGGACCAAAUUUUCAUCGCGCUGGUUCUUCUGGUUUUGUACUACCUCUUCUGGUGACAAGCUUAUCAGUGCCUCCAUUUUUCAUGGCGUGAGCUUAGAUGUCCAAGAUGGCUUGUUUUACAGCCUUUUCUUGGACUAACUGCCUGCCCUUCUCCAUUAAUUGAACUUGGAGAAACACCGCCUCGGAUGGCGGUGAUGGCGGGUGGAUUGAGUCUGGUUUGGUUGAGGUUGAUUUGUUUUUUGGAUGAAACGAAAAACUCGGCAUGAAGUAUACGAUACUUUGUGGUUGACUCCUAAUUGAGGAAAAAUGGGACGGAGUGGUUUUUGAUUGAUUUUUUGAAAUGAUAAUUUUGGUCGGUUGGUUUGUCCUACGGUAUCUGUUUUGUGAUUGAGGAGUUCACAUUGAACUGAGAAGCAUUCCAUUGUACAUUUCUAGUCCAUUAUGUAUGUAAUAAUCUUGCGUUUGAGCUUUGUUCAUUACAAAUGAGCUCAGUGUAAAACUGUACAGUUUACUGUACAUGAUGGAAAGUAAGAAUCUUAGUACUUUUUAUUGGAAAGGAGAUUGAAACAA